GUUAUCACUGAUAGGACAACAGUUUCGGCCGCGCCGCUCUCUGACCACCCGUGUACUUUCUCUUGCCACCAUGGAACCAAAAAUUAGCCUCAAGGAUGAUCCGGCGUACCAAACUCUACAAAGUUUUUACUGUCUGAACCAUGAGAAAAUUAAUAUUCAACAGCUAUUCCAACAGGACCCACAGCGGUUUGAAAAAUUCAGUCUCUGCCUGCCCACGCCCAACGAUGGCGAGAUCCUGCUGGACUACUCCAAGAACCGAGUGGACAACGCUGUCAUGGCGCUCCUGCUGAACUUGGCACGCACCCGCGGCGUGGAGAAGGCCCGAGAUGCUAUGUUUGCAGGUGAAAAGAUCAACUUCACGGAAAACCGUGCCGUGCUUCACAUCGCACUCCGUAACCGCAACAACAGGCCUAUCUUAGUCGACGGAGCCGAUGUGACCCCCGACGUCAAUGCAGUGCUGGCACAUAUGAAGGAGUUCUCUGGUCAAGUCAUCAAUGGGCAAUGGAAGGGGUACACUGGCAAGGCGAUCACCGACGUCGUCAACAUUGGUAUCGGUGGCUCAGAUCUCGGCCCUCUCAUGGUCACUGAAGCCCUGAAGCCCUACGCCAACCAUCUUAAGGUCCACUUUGUCUCCAACAUCGACGGCACCCACCUCGCCGAGGUGCUCAAGCGCCUGAACCCAGAAACCGCUCUCUUCAUCGUCGCGUCCAAGACUUUCACCACCCAGGAGACCAUCACCAACGCCACAUCCGCUAAGAACUGGUUCCUUGACGCUGCUAAAGACCCAUCAGCGGUGGCGAAGCACUUCGUGGCUCUGUCGACCAACGGCGAGAAAGUUACUGCGUUCGGCAUCGACCCUAAGAACAUGUUCGGAUUCUGGGACUGGGUUGGUGGCAGGUAUUCCUUGUGGUCUGCGAUCGGCCUGUCUAUCUCUCUCUACGUUGGCUACGAUAACUUCGAGAAGCUUCUAGACGGAGCCAGCUAUAUGGACGAGCAUUUCUGCACCGCACCUCUGGAUAAGAACGCGCCCGUGAUCCUAGCUCUUCUGGGUAUCUGGUACAGCAACUUCCACGGCGCUGAGACCCACGCUCUCUUACCCUACGACCAGUAUUUACACAGAUUCGCAGCGUAUUUCCAACAAGGUGAUAUGGAGAGCAACGGCAAAUACGUAACACGGAGCGGACAGCAGGUGAACUACUCCACCGGCCCCAUUGUAUGGGGAGAACCGGGGACAAACGGGCAACACGCCUUCUACCAGCUCAUACACCAGGGAACUAGGCUGAUCCCGUGUGACUUCAUCGCUCCAGCGCAGACCCACAACCCGAUCGCUGGCGGUCAGCACCACAAAAUCCUCCUCGCCAACUUCCUGGCUCAAACUGAGGCGCUUAUGAAGGGCAAAACUGCUGACGAAGCGAAGGCUGAGUUAGAGAAGUCGGGCAUGGCACCCGAAGCCGUAGCCAAGAUCCUCCCGCACAAGGUGUUCAAGGGCAACCGGCCCACCAACUCCAUCGUCGUCAAGAAAGUCACGCCCUUCGUCCUUGGGGCACUCAUUGCUAUGUACGAACACAAGAUCUUCACCCAAGGCGUGAUCUGGGACAUCAACUCCUUCGACCAAUGGGGCGUGGAGCUUGGCAAGCAGCUAGCCAAAGCCAUCGAGCCGGAAUUGGCUGAUUCUAAGCCAGUCUCUUCACAUGAUGGAUCUACUAAUGGGCUUAUUAACUUCUUGAAACAAAACUUUGCUUAGAUUUAGUACGACUAGUUUGGCUUGGCCAGCAACUAUCCAGAACUAUAGAGUCGAAUAUCGCCGAUUCCAAGCCAGGAACAUCACGUGAUGGGUCUUAACUAUCAACUUAUUGAAAAAUAACUACCUUUAGAUGUAUUUAUUGUACCAUAUCGGGCCCGACAAUUAAUUUGGAGUUGAGGGUAGCUUGAUAUUAAUAGGACGUACAGCAAAUGAACAAUGAUGAAUACCACAUAAGUAAAAUUACUCUAUGUAAUUUUAAAUAUCGUAGUGGGUUUCGAAAUAUUGUCUUGUUGAUAUUCAUUUGGCGAAAUCAUUGUACGGAAAAUUCGUUGAAAAACACUUAUAUAAUCAAAUUUAUACUAAUGGGUAUAUUCUAGCAUAAUUUUAUAUAACUUUUGUCAAAUAUUGAAAUUGUUUUUGAAGAAAAAUCUGUCUAUCUGGUGUUACAUGUUAGCUUUAUGAAACGGGCCCCUAGUACUCUACGGAAUAAAUAUGUACUUAUAGCUUGUUUAUGGUACAACCAGCAGUUGUAUUAUCCAUGUUUAUGCAUUCUCUUAAGAGUAGGUGUUGCAUUCAAUAUUUUGCACUUACUGCCAAUUUGCUUUUCAACAAAUCAAAUUUUAUUUUUAUUUUGAAGCUAUUUAUUUUUGUGAACGUUUACUGAAUAUAUUUUUUCUGUUUUUAUCGCUUCGAUGAAGUAUUACGUAGUAGCUGUUAAGUAUAGCUUGUAUAUGACACUGUCAGAUCUUUAAUAUAUUUUAAUGUAUGAGAUAGAAUGUUGCUUAGAUUGAUGUAUGUUAAUAUUUCUAUAAAUAAAUCACUGUUUUUGAUU